UGACUUUGUGGCUGUGGUAACUAGUGACGACCCAACAUUGCCAGAGUUUGACAUAAAAGCGCCCUUAACUUGACUCCCGGUUCAAACAGAUACAUUGACCUUUGUGGACGUAAGAAGGAAUCAACGGUAUGUCACUGCUCAGAAAUGUGUUUAUUGUGUCUGCUAAGCGGACCCCGUUUGGAACCUACGGUGGGGUGCUGAAGGACCACAGUGCAACAGACCUAGCAGAGCAUGCAUCCAAGGCUGCCCUUGCUGCUGGGGGAGUGGCACCUGAGCUUGUCAACAGUGUCAUCUUUGGAAACGUAAUGCAGAGCUCUGCAGAUGCUCCAUACAUCGCCCGUCACGUGGGCCUGAGGUGUGGGGUGCCCAUUCCAGUGCCUGCUCUCACCGUGAACCGCCUGUGUGGGUCCGGCUUUCAGUCAAUCAUCAAUGGAGCUCAGGAAAUCUGUUUGAAGGAUUCAGAGGUGGUGCUGUGUGGAGGCUCGGAGAGCAUGAGCCAGGCGCCAUACGCUGUCCGCAAUGUCCGCUUCGGAACCAAGUUCGGACUCGACCUCAAGCUAGAGGACACUCUGUGGGCAGGGCUUACUGACCUGCACAUUAAGAUCCCCAUGGGCAUCACAGCAGAGAACCUGGCAGUGAAAUAUGAGAUCAGCAGAGACGACUGUGACAAAUACGCACACCAGACCCAGCAGAGGUGGAAGGCAGCCCAUGAGGCGGGCCACUACACGGCAGAGAUUGCACCCAUCGACGUGAAGGCAAAGAAAGGAAAAGUACCCAUGACCCAGGAUGAGCACCCUCGUCCCCAGACCACCCUGGAGCAGAUGGCUAGGCUACCCCCCGUCUUCAAAAAGGGAGGAACGGUCACUGCUGCCAACGCAUCAGGUGUGUCUGACGGUGCUGCUGCCGUGGUGAUAGCCAGUGAGGAAGCUGUGAAGGAGCACAAGCUCACCCCAUUGGCAAGAAUAGUGGCCUAUCACGUCUCCGGCUGUGACCCAAGCAUUAUGGGAAUCGGCCCAGUCCCAGCCAUCACAGAAGCCCUGAAGAAAGCAGGUCUCACCCUCCAAGACAUGGAUCUGGUGGAGGUGAAUGAGGCAUUUGCUGCUCAGUACCUGGCGGUUGCCAAGGCAUUGGGUCUGGACCCAGAGAAGAGUAAUGCUGAUGGGGGGGCUAUUGCCAUCGGCCACCCCCUGGGAGCCUCUGGAGCACGCAUCACUGCUCACCUGGUCCACGAGCUCAGGCGGAUUGGGGGAAAGUAUGCUGUGGGAUCAGCUUGCAUCGGUGGUGGUCAGGGUAUCGCCAUAAUUAUAGAGAACACUCACUGAGGAACCGAGUAAACCAUCCACACUCAGAAGGGUACAUAGAAUACCAUCCACACUCUUAAAACACAUCACACCCUACAUGCUCAAUAGAGUACAUGCCAUAUACACACUCGAAUUAGACCUUAGAUUUUUGUCCAAUGUAGAGUUUUCUUAGUAUCGACUUGAAAUGUAAGAAUAUCCACAUUUGUAUGUUUAGGAACAUAAAUGUCUGAUAAACGCCCUCCUUUCUUGGAUGUUUCAUAUUCCUUUUAACUUUUUCUAGACUGUAUGGUUGAGAUACAUGAAUGUUUAUCUGCUUAAAGAGGCCUUGUGAAUCUGAAGGAAUAACUCCUGUUUUUGUCAGUCUCUUUGCCUUGGAGACAAUGCUAGCUCAUAGCAGGACAUACCAUUUACCUCUCGCUGUAGCAUAUGAAUAGUUGAGGUGAGUGUAUGAGGUAACAAAUGUAAAGUAAUUGCCUCAUUUAUCCAGAAUUUCUUGCCUGAAUUAUCACUCCUUUGCACGGCUCACCAUUGCCUUAAUUACUGGAUAUAUAUGUAAGACGUGUGUGUAUGCUGUCAGGUUGCCUGUAAAGAUCUUUUUUUAUGAUUAAAGUGAAAAAUCUGGGAUUAA